GCGUCGCCCUCGAGGCGGGAGAUUCGCCGGGCCCGGGGCCGCCGGGCGGGAGCCAUGGAGCGCUUGCGGGACGUGCGGGAGCGGCUGCGGGACUGGGAGCGCGCGUUCCGGAGGCGGUGCGGGCGGCGGCCGGGCCAGGAGGACGUGGAGGCGGCGCCGGAGGAGACCCGCGCGCUCUACCGGGAGUACCGCGCCCUGAAGGGGGCUCUGGGCGGGGCCGGCGGCGUGGGACCUCGCAGCCCCGAGCAGUCGCUUCCCGCCGCGGCGCAGCAGGCGCCGGAGCCCAGCUGCUGGGGGCCGCACUUGAAUCGCGCUGCGGCCCAGAGUCCACCCGCUCCUCUCCGCGGGGCAAGCGCUGCGGGGUCUGUGCCGGACUACGGGAAGAGGCUCAAGGCCAACCUGAAGGCCACUCUGCAGGCUGGGCCAGCUCUGGGCCGCAUACCCCGACUUCCACAAGGACCCUCGUCCAAGAUGCCAUCCCCAGGGCCACCAGGCGCAGGGGCUGCCCCCGUCUCUCCAGAAGAAGUCAGUGAGGUCCCCCUCCAGCCUCCUGGGCCUCGGCUGAGGCCAGGCUGCCUCCAGCAGCUACAGGCAUCCCUGAGCCUACGACUGUGCUCUCUAGACCCUGACUGGCUACAGCGGUGUCAAAACGGGGCCCCAGAUUUCCUGGGGGCUUCCAAGGCCUGCCAGCCUAACCUGGGUGUAGAGGACUCACAACCUCUGGCUUCAGGUGUCCCGCCUGUCCUUGGUCCCGGCGCUGGCCCUGAGACUCAAGCCCUACAGACAGCCAGAGUCCAUGCAGAGAGCCCCCAACCUGGCAACAGUCAAGACAAGAAGUGGACAUGGAAUGGGGAACCAGAAGGGAGUCCUGCACAGGCCCAGCAGGACAGCAGUCAUGCGGGACCUCUGCCUGAAGAAGCUGGGGCUCCAGAACACGCAGAAGCCUGCCCAGCAAAACCUGUGGGGGCACAGCCCCCCAGUGGCCCCACAGCCACCAGGCCAGCUGUCCGGAGCGGAGGUAAUUACGUGAGGCUCAACAUGAAGCAGAAACGCUACGUGCGGGGCCUGGCGCUCCGCGGCAGGCUGCUCCGCAAGCAGAUGUGGAAGCAGAAGUGGCAGAAGAAGGGGGAGUGUUUUGGAGGCGGUCAGCCCAGAGCCACAGUCAAGAAUUCUUGCUUCCGGUGCGGACAGCUAGGCCACUGGUCAUCCCAGUGCCCCCAGUCAAGUGAAACUUCUACUCUGGAGCCUGCUCAGGGUCCCCAGGAGAGCCGUGAGAAUGAAGACGACGUGCAGACCCGGCUCGCCGCAGACGAGGCGGUGCAGAGGAUAGGCACUGCCGGCUGCCAGCAGCCCGUGAGUGAGAAAGACCCGGAGCCUGCUGGGCCUGAGCUGUUGGUGACUGUGGAGCAGCCUGUGCCCCGGGCACCCUGCCGGCCCCGCCCAGUGCCACCACUCUACCCACUGGGGCCCUCGGGACAAGUGGCAGAGACACCGGCUGAGGUGUUCCAGGCCCUAGAGCAGCUGGGGCACCAAGCCUUCCGCCCUGGGCAGGAGCGUGUGAUCAUGCAGAUCCUUUCUGGCAUGUCCACACUGCUGGUGUCGCCCACUGGCUCCGGCAAGUCCCUGUGCUAUCAGCUUCCUGCACUGCUCUACGCCCGGCGAAGCCCCUGCCUCACGCUGGUCAUCUCUCCCCUCCUGUCUCUCAUGGAUGACCAGGUGUCUGGCCUGCCCCCGUGCCUGAAGGUGGCCUGUAUCCAUUCGGGCAUGACGAGGAAGCAGCGGGAGUCUGCCCUGAAGAAGGUCCAGGCGGCCCAGGUGCAUGUGCUGAUGCUGUCGCCCGAGGCGCUGGUGGGGGCUGGGCUGGGGCCCUCUGGCUGCCUCCCUCAGCUGCCUCCAGUCGCUUUUGCCUGUGUCGAUGAGGCCCACUGCCUUUCCCAGUGGUCCCACAACUUCCGGCCUUGCUACCUGCGUGUCUGCAAGGUGCUGCGGGAACACCUGGGUGUGCGCUGCUUCCUGGGUCUCACGGCCACGGCCACACGCAGCACCUCAAGAGAUGUGGCCCAGCAUCUAGGCGUGGCUGAGGAGCUUGUCCUCAGCAAGCCGGUCACCGUCCCUGCGAACCUGUACCUCUCUGUGUCCAUGGACAGGGACCCAGAGCAGGCUUUGGUGACAUUGCUGCAGAGUGACCGCUUUCGUGCUCUGAGCUCCAUCAUCAUCUACUGCAACAGACGUGAGGACACAGAGCGUGUCGCCGCACUGCUCCGCACCUGCCUGCGUGCGUCACGGGACCCGGGGCCCAGAGGCCAGAUCCCUGAGGCCAUAGCCAAAGCCUACCACGCCGGCAUGUGUCACCGGGAGCGGCGGCAGGUGCAGCAGGCCUUCAUGGACGGCCGGCUGCGGGUGGUGGUGGCCACGGUGGCCUUUGGGAUGGGGCUGGACCGGCCCGACGUGCGAGCUGUGCUGCACCUGGGGCUGCCCGCGAGCUUGGAGACCUACGUGCAGGCUGUGGGCCGGGCUGGGCGUGACGGCCAGCCGGCGCAUUGCCACCUCUUCCUACAACCCCAGGGCCAGGACCUGCAGGAGCUGCGGAGACACGUGUAUGCCGACACAGCUGACUUUCUCGCCGUGAAGAAACUGGUUCAGUGCGCGUUCCCCCCCUGCACCUGUGCCCAAGCCCAACAGCCUCCAGAGAAGGACGGAGCCAGGGGCCAGAAGACACCUGUGGCCGGGUCCCUGAGGGACGCUGAGCAGCCCAACAGCCAGCAUGCAGCCCGGUGCCCAGGCCACCAGCGGGCACUUCCGGUGCAGCCGCUGGUGCAGGCCCUGGACAUGCCCGAGGAGGGUGAGGAACUGGGGACGGUGGGCACGUUCCCCAUACACUUGGGUCCCCACGUGCCCAUGUCCCUGAGCCCUGCUCUACGUCCCCCACCCACAGCCAUUGAGACCCUGCUGUGCUAUCUGGAGCUACACCCACGACGCUGGCUGGAGCUGCUGGCACCCACCUUCGCCCGGUGCCACCUGCGCUGUCCUGGGGGUGCCCCCCAGCUCCUGGCCCUGGCCCACAGGUGUCCCCUCCUGGCUGUAUGUUUGGCCCAGCAGCCGCUGGAGAGCACAGGUGGGGGAGGCUGUUCUGUAGAGUUUGACGUCGUGAAGCUGGCGGACUCGGCGGGCUGGAAGCUGGCGUCAGCACAGCGGGCUCUGCGUCAGCUGCAGUGGGAGCCCGAGCCCACAACAGGUGCACGUCGGGACACGGGGGUGCUGGUGGAGUUCCGGGAGCUCGCCUUCUGUCUGCGCAGUCCUGGAGACCUGACAGCCCACGAGAGGGACCAGAUCUGUGACUUCCUAUACGGCCACAUACAAGCCCGAGAGCGGGAGGCCCUGGCCGGCCUGCGCCGCACCUUCCAGGCCUUUCACAGCGUGGCCUUCCCCAGCUGCGGGCCCUGCUUGGAGCAGCCCAGUGAAGAGCACAGCGCCAGGCUCAAGGCCCUGCUCAGCUGCUACUUCAAGGAAGAGAGUCCCGGGGACACGGAAGAUGAUCGGGACCCGGAGCCAGGACAGGCAGGGAUCCAGGACUGGGAGGACCAGGUUCGACGGGACGUGCGCCACCUUCUGUCCUUGUGGCCAGAGCAGCAGUUCUCAGGCAGGGCUGUGGCCCGCAUCUUCCAUGGCAUAGGAAGCCCCCGCUUCCCAGCGCAGGUGUAUGGGCGGGACCGGCGCUUCUGGAGGAGACACCUGUGCCUGAGCUUCCCCGCCCUGAUGCGCUUGGCCACAGAGGAGAUCCUGCGCUGGGGCCACUGACCGCUGGGCUGUGGGCUGGCCCUGCUCCCCGACCUCAGACGCCAAGACAGCCUGUGGCCUGGCCACGGUGUGGAGGGGGUCAGGUGUGGCUGUGCAUCAGGAGAAAGAGACCUUGGUGGCCAUGACAAUGACUACCCUGGGGAAAACCCACCAUCAGAAGUGCAGAGGCAAGGAGGCCUCAAAAUGCAG